UCUCUCUCUCUCUCUCUCUCUCUCAAUAUAUCUUUCUAUCAUCUGUUUCAAGCAACCACCCAAUAACAUCUUCUUCUUCUCCGGCUCCUCCUCCAGCUUCUCCUUCUUCUCCGUCAAACUAUUAUAAUUCCUUAUCUAAUGCGCAAUGGAACAAGGAAAUUCAGCUGUCAGCCAUGGAAUUGUCUUCACCAACACAGAAGAUGAAUACCAGAUGGAAUUACCUCCAGGUUUCAGAUUCCAUCCCACUGAUGAGGAACUAAUCACUCACUACCUCUCUAAAAAGGUCAUCGACUCCAACUUCGACCCACAAGCCAUUGGCGUAGCAGACCUCAACAAGUGCGAGCCAUGGGAUCUUCCAAAGAGAGCCAAGCUAGGAGAGAAAGAAUGGUACUUUUUCUGCAUAAGAGAUCGAAAGUAUCCCACCGGUCUUCGAACAAAUCGGGCUACUGAUACCGGUUACUGGAAGGCUACAGGUAAAGACAAGGAGAUCUACAGGGGUAAACAGAUCGUUGGAAUGAAGAAAACAUUGGUUUUUUACAGAGGAAGAGCUCCAAGAGGUGAGAAGAGUAAUUGGGUCAUGCAUGAAUUUAGAUUGGAAGGGAAAUAUUCAGCUUACAGUUUACCUGGAGCUUCAAAGCAGAGCGAGUGGGUAAUCUGCAGAGUUAUGAAAAAAAACUUAAUUGUAAACGGGAAGAAGCUUUUCGGAGCAACGGCAAAAAUUGGAUCUUUUUCUUAUGGAGAAGAGAUGGAAGUUGAACUUCCAAAUCCAACUCCAACUCCCCCGCCAUUAAUGGACAUUCCAGCUCACGUGACCUGCUUCUCCAACGCCAUGGAAGGUCAAAAAAUCCAAGACUCAGAGCUCUUCAGGUUCUUCAACCCUGCUUUUCCAGCUUCUCCUGCAAUCAACACCUCUGCUGAGUUCUCCUCUUUCCUCUUCUCUAAAUUUGCGCCGACUUCGGACUCUUUCUCUGGUCAUGGAUUCAUGAAUUUGCUCGAAGAAGAUCUAAUAGCGAAGCAGGGAUGCAAGUUGGAGAAGGAGAUGCUAAGCAUCUCGCAGGAAACUGGUCUUACCAGUGAUAUAAACCCGGAGAUCUCCUCAGGUAAUGAAAUUGGGAGGAGUAACUACGAAGAGUGCAUCUGGAAUUAUUUAAAAUAAAUUCAGAAAUAAUUCUGUGUGAAUUUGGAUAUUAUGAUAUUUAUAUAUGGAAUUGCUGGAUGUGUAUAAAUUAGUAUCAAUUGUAUAAGUUUAUCCUCUUUGGAUUCAUAAUAUAGCAGUAAAUAUAUGAUUGUUUGUGUUUGAAAAAAAAAAA